AUGGCACCUUCUGCUCUUACGCCCCCUCCAGAGGAAUACAACAUCUCGUUGAAUCACAAAUCGUACUUCAACGACUGUUCCCCUGGCAGCGUCGACAACCAUGGCGUGGGAAAAGCCAAGCAGCUCAUUGGCGCAGCUUUGAAGAACCGUGUCGAGGCUAUCGAUCACGAUGUCUGUGAUGUCGGCGACGAGGACACUUUCUUCGUCGCCGAUCUGGGCGAGGUCUACCGCCAGCACCUGCGGUGGAAGAAGAACCUGGCUCGUGUCAAGCCACACUAUGGUGAGCCGCAGCCCAUCGCCCCUACAGUACCUUGUCUUUACUAACAUGCGACCAGCCGUCAAGUGCAACCCGGACCCGCAAGUCUUGCGCCUCAUGACGGAGCUUGGGCUCGGCUUCGACUGCGCCUCCAAGAACGAGAUCGAGACAGUCCUCAACAUUGGCGUCGACCCCUCUCGCAUCAUUUACGCGCAGCCCUGCAAGACCAAGUCGUACGUCCGCUACGCCGCCAAUGCUGGUGUCAAGCAAAUGACCUUUGACAAUGCCGACGAGCUCUACAAGACCAAGCAGCUCUUCCCUGGUGCUGAGCUGUAUCUGCGCAUCAUCACCGACGACACGGCCAGUCUGUGCCGUCUGAGCCAGAAGUUCGGUGCUGCCAUGGAUCAGACCAGCGAGUUGCUAGAGCUUGCGAAAAAGCUGGAGCUCAAUGUUGUGGGCGUAGCUUUCCACGUGGGCUCCGGCGCAUCCGACCCCAAGGCCUUCAUCAAGGCCGUGCAGGACGCUCGUUUUGUCUUCGACCAAGCGGCUGCCCUUGGCUUCAACAUGCAUACUUUGGACGUUGGCGGUGGCUUCACUGGCGAUGCCACUUUCGAGCCCAUGGCUGCGGUUUUGUCUGCCUCCUUGGACGAGUACUUUCCGCCCCACAUUCGCGUCAUCGGCGAGCCUGGACGUUACUACGUCUCCACGGCCUUCACCAUCGCCUGCCACGUCAUUGCCCGUCGCACUGUCACCGACGCUACUCUGGGCACGACCAACUACAUGUUGUACCUGAACGACGGCGUCUACGGCAACUUCUCGAGCAUCAUCUUUGACCACCAGCACCCUGUCGCAAGGGUCCUCAAGUCAGGCAACGAUGUCUUGUACGACGCGCGCCGCUCGGGCUACGACACGCCGUCCCAAGUCGAGUACUCGAUUUGGGGCCCAACCUGCGACGGCAUUGACAUCAUCUCCUCGUCCAGCACCUUCCCCGAGCUCCUGGACGUCGGCGAUUGGCUGUACUUUGAGGACAUGGGUGCGUACACCAAGUGCUCUGCCACCCGCUUCAACGGCUUCACCGACAGCCACGAUGUUGUGUACGUAUGCAGCGAGCCGGGCGCCCAGGCUCUCAUGGGUCUUUGA